AUGAGCACCACGAUCACAUUGGUAAUGCAAGACGACAAGAGAGGGGAAGCACCGAGGAGACCGCCGCUGCGCUUGCCCGUGAUUGCGCCCAAAGACGACCAUUCGUCCUCGGCUAGUUCCAGCCGCAGUGGCCCGUCCGUUCCUCUACGCUCCCGUUUACCUCCACGAUCAAGAACCGGAUGCUGGACCUGUCGCACGCGCAAGGUGAAAUGCGACGAAGGGCGACCUGUUUGUGGUCAGUGUUCUCGGCUGGGUCACAACUGCGACUACGUCCCACGCCACGCCUUCCGAGAUGAUACACCACGGGUCGUGGAGCGCAUGCAAGAUGUGACGAAUGUCGCAAGUUCAAUAUGGGAUCCAAACUCCCCAGCGCUGACCGAGAACAGCGCUGGAUCUGCGCCACUGGACGACCUUCCGCCUUUUGCUAGCUUAACAACAGACGAAGAACGAGAAAAGAAAGCAGAAAAGUCCAGCCCUGGGACUUACCAUGUCGUGGUUAAUCAAAGCAGCUUUCAACAUUUACCCGAAUAUAACGAUGAUCCCGAGAUCAAACGAGAGAUGUUAUCACCGAUCCGGCGCGGCUCCCUCGCCACAUCGCAGGGAAGCAGUUUGAGUCGCGAAGCCGUCGUCGAAGCUAUUCCGGUCUCAGGUGACCCCAACGUCGUCGUGUUACCCAGAUUUGAAGAUGUUACACGGCGCGGGACUUUUAGCUCCAACCGGGCUCGAUCGCCGAUAUCUCCCCUAAUAAAGCACGAAAACAUCAAAACCGAGGACGUGGAGGAAGCGGUCAUCACCGAAGUGCCCGAAGCGAUGGCUGAAUCGAGUCGAGUGGGCCAGGAAGCCAGAUAUCUUCGACAAUUCCGGCAGGUGGUCUGGAGGCAGCUUGUCCCUGCCGAGCUGGACCAGCGCGACGGCAUGGUGCGGUCAAGCGCCAAUAUUCUAGAAGCUGCGGCCGCCGUCUUCCCACCUUUACACCAUGCUAUUAUGGCGGUCGCUGCCUUGAGUGUCGCCGUACAGGAGGGAAAAGAGAGGCUCGAUGCUCUGCAACAUUAUCAGCAAGUUUUGCCUGCACUACAGUCGACUUUGAGGAGUUCCGAUGACCUGUCAUCGGAUGGUGCUUUCCUAACACAUUUUCUUCUGCUUGUUUACGAGAUCGCCGCCGCCGAGCCUGGACACACCAAUCUGUGGUCGCAACAUCUGUCAACCCUUCUUCGCAUUUCGCUCCUCCGACGCGAAGUCUUCGGCGGCGAACCCUUUCCAUAUGUUGUCUGGUGGAUUUGCAACAUCGAUCUGGACGCCCUUUUCAGCGGAGCCGGAAGUGGCGAAUACGUCGGCUCCAUGCUGAACAACGAUCUGAUACCACCUCCUAGUUUCCAUUUAUACCCCCUUGGCCUUGACGGUUCGAGCGUUGUUUAUGCCGACGAGGUGGACGUUUUGCCAACCAUUUUGCAGCUUGAUUUUGAGGUUACCAUUCUUGCGAUGCGGCUUGCUCUCCUCGCCCAUGAGUUUCGACAUGAUAGCGCGUUUAGCGGUGCGGAUGCCAGCCGGAAAGAGCAAGCGAUCAGGAUCCGGCAAAGUCGUAUUUUUGAGUUACAGGAAUCAUUGCGUCAGUUGUGGGUCACGCAAGCGGUGGUCAUGAUCAACCUGAAGGUCGACGAACUCCGGCCCCGUCCAAGACAGGUGUACGAACACGCCGCCACGCUCUAUCGAGCCUGCAUCAUCUACUCCCACGCUUCGAUGUGGCCGGGCCAGCGCCUCGAAACGUCACCGGACUACGACACCGAGAUUGCCGUGGCGUCGAACCAAAUCCUGCAGAUGACGCGGAAGGCGCUCGCAGAGGAUCGCUCGGACUGUCGGUAUUUGGUCUUUCCACUUUUCAUGGCGGGCUUUGUUGCCACGGACGGCGCGCAAAGGAUGAGCGCCCUGGAUUUGCUUCGGGCGCUGGAGAAGGACAGCAUUGGGCGAAACACUACGGCCACUCGAAAGGCUCUAGCGGCGGUUUAUGAGAAACAGAACGAGCGGUUCAUGAACACGGGCCAGAGUUUGGACGUCGACUGGAUGGAAGUCAUGGCCGAGAGAAACCUAAUGGUGGUGAAUUUCGGGCUCUGA